AUGUCAGGCGCUCCCCUUGAUAUGACUCUGGAUGAUCUAAUCAAGAGUAAUAAGAAAUCCGGCUCCCGUGGCAGAGGCCGCGGAUCAAGCUCCGGAUCCGGUCCGGGCCCUAAUCGCCGUUUCCCCAACCGCUCUUCGGAUCGCGCUGCUCCCUAUGCCGUCGCCAAGGCACCGGAGUCUACUUGGGGCCAUGACAUGUUUGCUGCUGCGGCUGGUCGAGGGUCGAAUAUUGAGACUGGAACGAAGUUAUACAUUUCGAAUUUGGAUUAUAGCGUUUCUAUUGAGGAUAUUAAGGAACUGUUCUCUGAAGUUGGUGAUAUGAAACGGUAUAUGGUACACUAUGAUAGGAGUGGGAGAUCAAAGGGUACAGCUGAAGUAGUCUUCUCAAGAAGACAAGACGCAUUUGAUGCUGUCAAGAGGUAUAAUAAUGUUCAGCUUGAUGGGAAACCGAUGAAAAUAGAGCUUGUAGGAACUAACCUUGCUACUGCUACUGCUGCUGCUGCUGUUCUUCCACCUGCUGGUGCUUUUGGCGAUGCAAAUGUAGUCCCUAGAAGUGGACAAAGAAGGGUUGGUGGGUUUGGAAACUCGCGUGGUAGUGGACGGGGUCGUGGAUUUGGAAGAGGUCGUGGACGAGGAAGAGGCCGUGGUGAGAAGGUAUCUGCUGAAGACCUGGAUGCCGAUUUAGAGAAGUACCAUGCUGAUGCAAUGCAAACGAAUUGA